AUGAAGCAAUCGAUUGCAUUGUUAUUCCUUGUAGUUUGUCUGUCCAGGACAUUGGCGGAUCCUCGCUACUACGACAACUAUACUGUUUACAGGGUCUACAUCAAAAACUCCCAUCAGCAAAAGAUAAUUGAUCAAUUACUAGAACAACCUGAUAAUUACAACUUGUGGCAUCGAACUGUCAGAGAAGUACAUUUAAUGGUAAAUCCCAGAGUUCAAAGUGAAUUUCGCAAAAUAAUGCUGAAAAAUCAUAUAAAAACUGAAGUAUUGAUUCCAAAUGUUCAAGCCCUUAUAGAAAAUCAAACAGGAUAUCGAAGGAUAUGA